AUGGGUCGCGUCAUCCGCAACCAGAGAAAGGGCCGCGGCUCGAUCUUCACGGCCAACACCCGCCUCAACAAGGCCCCGGCCAAGUUCCGAACUCUCGACUACGCCGAGCGCAAUGGCUACCUCCGCGGAAUCGUGAAGGAGAUCAUCCACGACCCCGGUCGUGGUGCUCCCCUCGCCAAGGUCACCUUCAAGGAUCCCUACAAGUUCAAGCAGCACACCGAGACCUUCAUCGCCAACGAGGGCAUGUACACCGGCCAGUUCGUCUACGCCGGCAAGAACGCUGCCCUGACCGUCGGCAACAUCCUGCCCCUGAGCUCCAUGCCCGAGGGUACCGUCAUCUCCAACGUCGAGGAGAAGAUUGGUGACCGUGGCACCCUUGCCCGCACCUCCGGCAACUACAUCACCAUCAUCGGCCACAACCCCGAUGAGGGCAAGACCCGCAUCAAGCUUCCCUCUGGUGCCAAGAAGGUCGUCCACAGCCGCUCCCGUGGCAUGAUCGGCAUUGUUGCCGGUGGUGGCCGUACUGACAAGCCUCUCCUGAAGGCUUCGCGUGCCAAGCACAAGUUCGCUGUCAAGCGCAACUCGUGGCCCAAGACUCGUGGUGUUGCCAUGAACCCCGUCGACCAUCCCCACGGUGGUGGUAACCACCAACAUAUCGGCAAGGCCUCCACCAUCUCUCGUUACGCUGUCGCUGGUCAGAAGGCUGGUCUCAUCGCCGCCAGGAGGACGGGUCUGCUCCGUGGUACCCAGAAGGUCAAGGAUUAA